AUGGCUGAUGAAGUUUUAUAUCUUUGCGGUUCUGAACCGAUUUUUGAAUCUCGAGAUAAGGUUCUAGAAUGGGCAUGUGCUAUUGGAAGAACUCAUGGUGUUGCUGUUGUUACAAUCCGAUCCGAUUCUGCUAAUGGAAUGCGAGGGAGAAAGGAUAAAUUGAUUAUGGGCUGUGACCGAGGAGGAAAUUACAAAAAGAAAAAUGAAGUUGCGGCCCCUUCUGAUGGCAAUUAUACUAUGAGGCUUAGAUGCCCAUUUAGGCUGAGAUCUGCUUCGAAUGGUAUUGGUUGGAAGGUGGUGGUAAAAUGUGGGAUGCAUAAUCAUAGACUAGAUAAGGAUAUGUUAAGUCAUGACAUCUUGGGGCGUUUAAAAGAUGAUUAA